GUUUGUCACGAGACGAGGAUUCUGCGCCUGUGUGAUAAUCAGCGGACUUACCCAUCAUAAUCAUAUUUAUAAGGAACUUCCAAGAUGGCGGCCUCCAGGAGUGUCAGAGAAGCGUCUUGGCUGGCGUGCAGAUAUAACACAUUGAAAACAGCUGUAAAAUCCACCAUGCCAUGCCGAAUCAGUAUGGCGCCAACACAACAAGUUUCAAUACCUCCAUCAGUCCUAUACAGGCAACACAGCACUUGUAGUGCUUCUAUAACUAGACUUAAAAAGCAAGCCUACCCAAGAAUGUACAAAGUACUUGUAGUUCAACCAGAUGGGUCAACUUACACCAUGCGUUAUCAUGAACCACGUAAGAUCGUAAGACUUCCAGUCGACCCAACAACUCUGACAGAAGAGGAGAGGAAAGAGAGGAUGCGUAGACUGAAACCUGAGAAACCCAAGAAAAUUUACCAGAUAGAAGAAGAUGAAACAGACUUUGACCAGAGAUCCUGGACCAGACUCAUUAAGAAACAGUAAUACUAUCUUUUGGCAUAAGAAAUGAGUGGGAAAAUUGAAUAGAAAAUAUGGCACAUAGAAGAAGAUGAACAAGAUUUCAUUCAAAGAUCAUGGACUGGACUUGUAAAAGCAAUAUUCAUGACCUUUUUACAGCAAGUGCUAGAAAACCAAUAAGAUACAUCACAUAGAGGGGGUCUACAAAAGUAAAAACAGACAGCUUGUAAUGUUUAGCUCAAGCAUGUCAUAUCUUUGUCUGAAUCAUAUGCAGAUCUGCAUUCUCUUUUUGAAACUACGAUUUAGAUGAAGCACUGAUAAUUAUUGUAAGUUUGUAAAGAAUGUCAUUUUAAGAUGUCUUGCGGCCCAACUAGACAAAUUCAUAGUUUUUUUCUCAAAUAUCUCAAGUCCAUACCUUUUUAUUGAUUAAGUAUUCUUUGAUGCUGAAAAUACCAUGUUUGUUGAAUGAAAAAGUUGCCAUGUACGUAAAACAUCUUAAAAAUAGUAUUCAAUAAAAGCAAAUGCAAGUUGAA